AUGGCUUCCAUUCUGCUGACCUUGUUGGUCCCUUGCCUUGGGUCACGGAUCAUGUCGACCAGCGACAGCGAUCCCUUCAGCGGUUUCCAGUUGUUUGGCCCCUGGACAGCUUCGUCCGCAGGCUGCACUUCUACCGGUUGGAAGGGAAAGUACAGCAUCUAUGGAGGCGCCGUCGAAAUCUUGAGCCUUGAAGUGGGGCCCGAAAGCACCACAUUUACGUUCAAUUCCGAGUUGGUGUCACAGGCACAGGAGUCCUCUGAAGACAGCUUUGUCGCUGAUUGGUUUCGAAUGCAAGGCCCAACGCCGAAUGACAAGGUCAAAGAGUUCUUCUGCAAUGGGGCGUCGGUCGGUUCGGUGGCGUUUCGGCUCUCCAUAGUGAAGGCUUGCGACUUUUGGUCCCCGGCUUCGUUGCAGAGCCUCUGCCCAGCCCUUGCGCAGGUCGACUCGGAGGUCGACGAGGAGAUCGAGGCCAAGCGCUCGGACAAGAGCAACAAGUUGGCGGAGUGGUUCAAGAUGGAAGGACCUCAAGACAACGAUGACUUGACCGAAUUCUUCUGUGAUGAUGGUUGGGCCACUGAGGACAUGAAGUUACUCGACCCUGCGGCCCUGACAUGGCGGGGGAAUUUUGAUGGGCCUUCCUUGGCGAAACGGGCGAAGGAGAUCGCUGCCAAGGCAUGCAGCUUUUGGUCUCAACGGAGCUGGCAGAAGUGUUAG